UGUGAAGAAGUUGUGGCUUUCCCUUCUCUCUCUCUUACAUGCACCCACUAUAACCCACGCAACUGGCAAUUUUGAUUCAUUCACAUUGAGAGCCGAACAGGGGAGAAACAGGACAAAACUAGUCUAGGAUUUGAGUCUGAUUCUCUUUGUUUUUUUCCACCCCUCCACUCCUCUAUUUUACCCUACUUCUUGAACACCAAAAACAGAGAGACACAUUCCAUCUCAAAGUCCUUGUAAGAGUGACAGAAUCUCUCUCUUUCUCGACAGCAGAAAACCCAUUUGGGAUUUCUCUUUAGAAAAAAAGCAGAGGAAAAUGGAUGUGUUGGCUUCAGAAUGCAGUAGCGGGUGUGACUCCGGUUGGACUUUGUACUUGGAACAAUCUUUUCUUUCUCCAAAUAGUGGGUUUAUUAAUGGAAAAAAUGGUUUUUGUGAUGACUGUAAAGACAAAAGAUCUGUAGAAGAUGCUGAAGAAGAAGAAGACUUGUCGAUGGUUUCCGAUGCAUCCUCUGGGCCUCCACAUCUCCCUGAAGACCAAGGUUACUUCAAUGAUGAUAAUGGGUGCUUUUAUUCGGCAUCCAAGUCAGCCACAUUGGCGAAGAACGUUGGGAAAAGGCAGAAAAUCAAAGAACACCGACGCCGUGAAGAUCAAGAACCGACUGCUUUUCUUGAUGACACAGCUAGUUCUCCUGUCAUCAAUUUAUCCGGGAACAAUUUCACUCUGAUCAAUAAUCAAGCUUCAAUGGAUAGUGGCUUGGAUUUUUCACAAGGCUUCUCAGCAACUCAUUUCGAGGGGACAACAGCAUUCCAAGACCACUUUGGUUUCUUGAAGUCCUCCCUAUCUGCAAACCAACUUCAGAACAACCAGUGGUUUGGAGGGAAGAGGUUGGGGAUGAGAUGAGGUGAUUUCCCUGGUUCUACUGCUGAUGUGUUGUUACUAAAGAGGUUGCUCUGAAUGAAAUGGUGGGAUGGUUGUCAAAGUAAAAAAGGAACUGGAUCUAAAAAGCGAUCUUGUUCCUGUUCUUUUUCUUUUCUUUCCUUUAACCUGUCAAUGCAGUGGGAAACAAUAUGAGAGGAGAAGUUGGAAAUAAAGUUGUCUGCAAAAUUAAUUUCCUUGUCAA